AAUAAUUUUUGCCAUUUGCAACAAAGAUAUUGUAUGGGGAAAACCGACUCUUAGACCGAAUAAUUUGUUGUUUUGUCGAAUAUGAUAAUAUCUGAAUGUUACAAGCCGGAUCUACUGAACGUCAUAAAUCUAAAUUCAGAGAAAACAACUGAUUGAUAAUGGCUGCCAGUAAUGUAGAGGAAGAGGACUUGAACGAAGUUACUUCAUUUCUGGCAGAUCAUAGGUGGAUAUUUGAUUUUAAAUUGACAAGGGUAUUUCAAGAUCAUGUUUUAGACAACAUACCUCCUGUGUGGAAAGAAACUUUCAUGAAGCUGUCCUUCAAGGAACUUGUAGAGUUGCCAUUUGGUAAAAUUCAGGCAGAAUGUCCAGACACAUUGAAAUAUUUUGUUCAGAAUUGUGUGAAGUUUUCAAUACCAAGGGAGAUAAAUGCAUCGAGACAAAACUUUUCAAAUAUUUCACCAGUAAAUGCAGCCGAGGUUGAUCCUGAGAUUCAGAGAGGGAUGUCACACAAGAAGAUCCAUGAAGUAUGUCACAUGACUUCCCUUAUUGAUCAUGUGACCAGGAAGAGGGGAAAUAAUGGAGUAGUGGAUGUUGGCUCUGGUUUGGGAUAUCUGGGUCAGGUGUUACAUUGUAACUAUGGAUAUAGUGUGCUAGGGCUUGAAGGAAAACAAGGGCACACAACGGGUGCUGACAGAAGAAUUAACAAGUUUGAAAGUUGUCAUCAUCUGCAUAAUGUAACUUGUGAACUAAACCAGCAGACACAGUCUCAGCAAGAGUUCCUGUUUCUGAUUCAAGACUGGUUCUCUAAACUAAAAUCAAAUGGAAACAACUGUUGUCAUAAAAAGACUGGUACUAGAACUUUUCAAACACAUGAUCAAAGUAUUCAGACUGGUUGUAGUGAAAAACAGCAAGAGAAAACAACUGAUUGUGAAACAUUUAAGAAACAUGGAGGCAAAUUUGUAAAGCAGACUGGUUACACAGACAGUUCUAGGAGUGCUUCUCAAUUAUGUCCUAGAGAAUGUAGGAUUGAAUGCAACAUGAUUGAAAAGCUUGAUACUGGGUUCAGAGCCGCAGUGACUUUUCAGACUGGUUCAGAAGAAAUUAAAAGUAGUGAGUUUUCAUCUUCUUUAAAGGAGAUGGGGGAUAGUGAUUGUACAAUAUCUCUAAAAGAAACUGAUGGAAGUGAGUGUAGGGCUCAUAGCAUAGUAAAGGAGGGUGGAGAUGUAACAAGCUCUUCAAAAGAAACAUGUGGUAGUGACAUUUCAGCUUGCUCGGUAACAACAAAUGAUAGUGCUUUUACGGCUCCUCCAAAUGAAAUAGAUGGUAUUAACUUUAAUAUGAAAAAGGAUCAAAGUACAUUGAAAUUUGGUAAAUUUGAUAGCAGUCAGAGUUCUUCCCUUUACUGUACUGAAUUGCAAACUAAUUUCUGUAAAACUGAUGGUAUUAAAGAUCAGCAGUUUGGCAAAGAGGAUCAUGCCAAAGUGAAAGCAGACGACACACCACAACUUUGUAUGGUUGGUCUUCACUGUUGUGGAGAUUUAACGCCAACAAUGCUGAAACAUUUUGUUGAGCUGGAUCAGAUUACCUCCCUUUGUUGUGUGAGCUGUUGUUACCACAGGAUGAACUUUAAUGAAGGUGCUCAGGAACAUGAUAAUUUCCCCAUGAGUCAACUUUUGAAAAGGUCAGUGGCGGAAACUCAACAGACACAUCCAGAAUUCAAGUUUUCUUCCUUCUGCCUCAGACUAGCAGCCCAGGAAACCAGAGCAAGAUGGCAUGAGCAGACAGAGACAGAUCAUGAUUUUCACAUGAGAAAUGUGGCGUACAGAGGGAUGCUCGAGACAUGUCUCCAGCAAGGAGAAAGUGACAAGAUGUUUCAGUUGAAGAAAAAUGUGAGGAAACUGGCACAUAAAGGGGACUAUGAGUCAUUCACCAGAUAUACUGAUGCUGUCUUCCAACAUAUUCACAAACCUGAUGAAGUAUCAACAGAAGAAUUUAAACAAUUUUUCAAGGACACAAUGCAGGAGAAAUACGACCACUACCAGCAAUACUUCUGUCUGAUUGAGCCCUUAACAGCUUUGCAGUACCUCCUCCAGCCAGUUAUAGAGUCCCUGAUAUACCUCGACAGAAAACAGUGGCUUUGCGAACAAGGCCUACAUGCGGACGUUAUACCUGUGUUUGAUGAACUCAUAUCACCUAGAAAUCUUGCAUUGGUUGCUUGGAAAUAA